GGGAAAAGGGCGAGUUGAAUGGAAGGGCGGGAGAAGGCGCGGAGCAAUGGAUGCCGAGGCGGGACGGAAAAUGGCGGCGGUAGCGGAGGCUGGAAAGAUUGUGGCUCAGUGGAAAGAUGCACUCACCUUUGAGGGCCAAGCCAAAGAUGGUGUAGAGGCCGAACUCCCAGCCCAGGUGUUGGCUGAACAUGCCGUGAACACCAGGAAGACCCACAAGCUGAUGUACACCCAGCUGCAAGUGGUGAAGUUCCUUCUAGAUUUCCUUGAGUCUGCCCCUUGCAUCCAGGAUACUUCAGAUGCUGCUGUCCGAAAGGAAAUGGCCGAGGCCAAACAGCAAUGGAAGGCCCUCAAAGCUGAGUACCAGCAUCAGGUGGAGUCUAUCAAGGGGGCCGUACCUCAGGUCCUGGCCAAAUUGGAAGAGGGAAGGAACCGGGCUCAGCUCUUGGAGAACGCCCUGCAGCGCUACCAAGCCAAGAAACAGGAGAUGGAGGAGAAAGCCAAGAUUGCCCACGUUAGGCGUCAGAAGGAACAGGAGCUCUUGCGAGAGCAACACCAGCAGCUGGAAAGGCGUGUUUCAGAGCUACAGAACCAGCUGCAGAGGCAUCAGGAUGAGCUGCAGCUCCUGCAGCAGGAGCUAGAGGAGCAAGAGGCCCAGGCCAGCAUCUGGCGGGAGAAGGCGCAGAGCACCUCCAACUUCCGCUGCCUCUUGGAGACUUUGAAGGGUAUAAAAUUGAUCUCCGUCUCAGAGACUGACCUGGAGAUUGAGAUGUUCUCUCCUUCCCAGCCUGCCUCUUCUACACCCCAUCACCUGAAGUUACGCUUACACUGGGAGGAGGAUGGUAGCGUCACACUGCAGGGUGACAGUCCCUUUUUUGAUCCCUCCCUUGUGCUUCCCAUGGGCACCUACAGCAGCAUCAAAAGCAUCGUCCUGGAGCUGCAGCAACAUUACUUGCAGGAAGCACAGCUUGUGGCUGAGAUUGAGUCACUGCAGAACUGUUUUGCCAUUGACUGGAAGCAGGAAAAGCGGAUACUGAGUUACCUGAAGCCAUCAUCAACCUGCAGCCUCCAUGUGGAGCCAGGAUAUCCUGCCAGUGGGAGGAUCUCCCUUGUCUCAGUAAAGAGUCAACAUGGUGCUGUUGAUGUAACUUCUUACCGGCCUCCACACGAGAGACCUUCCCUGCAGAACUGGCUGGUAUAUCUCAGCACUGUGGAUUUCAGCGCUCCUUUCCUUUCCUGAACAUCUGGUGGUACCCGUGUCUGUGCAGCAGAGUUGAAGACCCAAGUCCCAUGGCAUCUCACAUCUCUGCAUUGCAAGGGUGGAUGGGAGCAAAUGAGAUUUAUUUGGAACAACUGUCCUCUCCCCUUUCUUACUGCUUUUACUGAAUUUCAGCGGUAGUUUCGUGUUUUUCAUUAUGACUGCAAGCCCAGUAUUUGGCUUCAAAGCUUUCCAAAACUGAUGAGUUUUCUAUUCAAUAAAAUUCUAUUUGGCAUUUA